AGACAUUGCAAAUGUGAAGCAUUUUGAAUGCAUCACACGAACCUGGAGACAAAAGUGUCACGUUGAAAAUAUUGGAAGUACUGUGCAGAGGAAGGAACACUCUGAUUUCCUUGACUUAUAUGUGGAAAAAUGUUGGUGUUGUUGUUUCCCGUGUUAAUUCUUAUCGUUAUACUUGCGAUAUUUUGUGAGCAAAUAAGAAAAUCACAGUUUGGAAAGUACAUUAGAAGAUCCCAUGAAAUGAAAAAUCAUGUAAUUUCAUUACUGUCUCCUGGUUUCCAUCUUCAGAAUGGCAUUCAGCUCCAUUCCAAUCAUAUUAGCGUGUAUCCAACUUCCGAGCAACCAAACACGUUGGACACAUACUUCAGUGCUUGUAUUGACAGCGGGAAUGUUGUCAAUGAAAUGCGUUAUGAAUGGCUCCGAUUGCGGUCAUUUUCCACAUUCCCCCUAUCAUUUCCCAUAUCUUUGAGUCCAAUACGACUUGCUCGGUCUGGGUUUUAUUUCACUGGGAGAAACCAAGAAUGUGUUUGUUUUUCAUGCGGAAUACACAAUUCUAAUUGGACAGGAAAUAACGUUACAGAAAUUCACAGACAACUAUCUCCAAACUGUCGCCACUUGCAAGGACGUCAUGACACAAACAUACCAAUCGGAUCAAGAGAGAGUUACCAGUCUCACGAGUUACAUUCCGAGACUAACUCAUGUACAGGUAACAACGAACACAACUCAUGUAGAGGUAACAACGAACACAACUCAUGUAGAGGUAACAACGAACACGUGAGUGAUGCACAACAAAGUCAUGAUAUAAAUUCGCCAAAUCGAACGAACCAUCAAAACCAUACAGCACCCAAUUCACAAACCAAUGGUUUCAACGACACUUUAGAGCCCCUUGGAGUAGUAAUAGAUAGGCCGAGAUAUCCCAACUAUUCCGUUCUGGCUACCAGGAUCAGUAGUUACCAACAAUGGCCGUCACAUCUGACACAGACACCGAGGGAUUUAAGCACUGCAGGCUUCUUUUAUGUUGGUUAUAACGACAACGUCCGCUGUUUCUUUUGUGGAGGUGGAUUGCGGAAUUGGGAAUCUGGCGAUGAUGCCUGGGUGGAACACGCCCGAUGGUUUCCGAAAUGCCCUUUCUCAAUUCAGAAUCGUGGUCAGGAUUUUGUAACACUUGUACAGAGUGUUCAGGAGGAAGAAUCGGAAGAUAUACCACCACAAGAACAGACAGAACACGUGAGAGACAUCGAGCAACUUCCGGCUGCUCGAGAAAUCCGGCAUAUGGGGUACACGUGGGGCACGAUUAGGGAAGCCUAUCAACACUUGAAUAGAAAUAGAGCAGACGUGUCAACAGCUGAAGUGAUCGAGGAAAUCCUGGCAGGAGACAUCCCUGCAUCAUCAUCUGAGCCAGUAGUGAAUGAUAAUCAGGAUAUUCCUCCAGUAACUUCUGUUGAUCCUUCCUUUCACAAUAGAAACGAAAAUAAUGCAGCAGAUAAUUUUCUAGCGACAGAGAUGAUGGAUGAAUUAGGAGCUAUGAGAUUGAGUGACGAAAUUCGGUCACUGAGGGAAGAAAAUCGAAAACUGAGAGAGGAGAGACUCUGUCGGAUUUGCAUGGAAGAGGACAUCGCGAUCGCUUUUCUUCCCUGUGGACAUCUAUGCUGUUGUACCCACUGUGCACCAGCGAUGCGCAAAUGUCCCAUCUGCCGGGCGUCCAUCAAUGUGGCUGUGAAGACAUUCCCGGCCUGAGAAAACAGAAAUGUGCUGAUUAUUGGUUCCAAAGCCCUACUUAAAAACAGUCCAUGUGUUUCAUUAAUCUGUGUGUUUCACUAAUCGUUUACAUAUAAGUUACUUCUCUAAAUGUUUUCCUCAUACAAAUAUGAAGAGGUGCAGGACUGUGCAAGGGUCUUCCACAUGAACGUUUAGACAGUUUUUAACGUCUUAUUUUAUAAUACACCCACUCUUCCUUUGAAGUUAGUUUAACAAAACAAUGAUACCAAUGACAGACAUCGGUAAUAAGUCAUAGCCAUACGGACCACAGCCCCACUCACACACAAUGAAACAAUGUAAACAUUAUGACGUUUUUCAAAAAGGAAAUUAUUGAAUGGUUUAAGACAAACCUGAUAUAUUGAUUUUUGUGUAGAACCUGCUAAUAUGAUAAAAAAAAUUAUAGUCUUAAAACGUUCAUCCUUAAUAGAGGAGAUCAUCUAAUUUCGUCAGAGCCCGCUCUAUUACUUGAUGUCCGAAGUAAUAGCUUGUCUGAGACGAAGAACUUUUAGCAUUUGCUUGAACGUUUGUUUUUUUUUAAAAUCCAUUUUUUUUAUUGAAAGCAUAGAAUGGUAGUUGGAAUAAAAUACUUCCUCUAUAGCACGUUACGUCUAUAACGUCACGUUGGGUCGGGUUGACGUCACGUUGGGUCAACGGUAACAAGACAAUUCACUUUUGGCUUUUCAUUCGAACUAUUUGGACGUGUUGUUUUUAGAGAAGAGAAAUGUCCAGGUAAACUUUAUAGAAAUUCUUAAUUGGAAAUAGUUGGAAUUAUAAUUUAUAUUUAUUGGAAUUUACCUGAAAUCUGGGGGGCCCUGGUUAUAUAUUCUAGCAAGUGACUAUUUUAGAAAUAUUGUUGUAUUUCAAAGUUAUGAGAAAAUCAAUGUUUAAUUCAAAUGAAAGUAAUGAAACUUUUACACUUGUUUUGUGUCAUUUUAUUACUUGGUAAUUUAUAUGACCGAGCCCAGGUCACUAUAGAUCUAACUCGCUACCAAAGCUAAACUUUUCCUCGCUACCAGAGUGAAACUUUUGUCGAUCGUUUGGAUAUAACUCCGCUACCAGGAGUUGAGUGUUGAAAUUGAAAAACCCUCGCAGUAGCGAAAACGCUACAAUAUUUUCCCCUCUAGGCGUGCUAGCACUACUUAAGGACAGAACCCUUCAGAUAAUCAGGCUGUUUUUAUUUAUCAUCAUUACAAUGUCAUAAAUCUAUCAUAAAACCAUUUAUAACUGAAGUUGAAAUUCAGUCUUUUAUAAGUCUCGCACUGGUACAUUAAAGGGUUUGUCUUUCCAAACUAUACAAGGUCAAAAAUAUUUUCUUUAUUUUCAUGUCUCUCCUUCAUCUGUAGUUUAUAUACUUGUGGAAGAUAAUAAAUAAUGUACUUUCUUCAUGGAAAAACCCUAAUGCCCUGUUUUCUUGAACGUUUAAAAUUAUUACAGAGUUAUCGAACUUGUAUUGGUGAAUAUUGGCACGCGUUAGGAUUAGGAAGCAUGGAGAAUUUGCACACCCCAGAGUACUAAUAUUCACCAAUAGUGGAGCCCGCGUGUUCACUAGUGCAUGCAAACAAAUGUAACUUAUGAAUUCUGUACUUGAUACACAUAUUAUUCACGUGUAUUGUAUCUGUAUGUCUUCUCACCUUCUACUAUCUUAUUUGUAUAUAUUUUUAAAUAUUUUGUAUUUAUAACCGAU